ACACCGUUUCAGUUUUUCUUCCGGUGUCAAAAUUUUAACAAAACAGAUUCACUCAUGCGAUUCACUCAGUUCCUGCUAACUAAAGUCAUGCCGCCUGUCGUCAAACAUUUCGACUACUUGGUGAUCGGAGGGGGCUCUGGAGGCAUUGCAAGUGCGAGGAGGGCGGCUGAGUUCGGUGUCAAUGUGGCGUUGGUGGAGCAAGCGAGAUUGGGAGGCACGUGUGUAAAUGUAGGAUGUGUCCCAAAGAAAGUUAUGUUCAACACAGCGAUGCAUGCUGAGAUGAUAAAGGAACAUAAGGACUAUGGCUUUGAUGUCCAGGCUAAUGGAUUUAACUGGGGAGUUGUGAAGAAGAGUAGAGAUGAGUAUAUCAAAAGACUUAAUGGAAUCUAUGAAACUAAUUUGGGAAAAUCCAAAGUUGAGACUUUAGUGGGGAGAGCCACGUUCACAGAUGACGGCUGUGUGGAGGUCAGUGGUCAGAAGUACAGCGCCAAACAUAUACUGGUAGCUACAGGUGGUCAUCCCUUCAUACCCGACAUCCCAGGUUCAGAGCAUGGAAUAUCAAGUGAUGGCUUCUUUGAAUUAGAAGACUUACCAAAGAAGGUGGUGGUGAUAGGCGCUGGAUAUAUUGCUGUGGAACUAGCUGGAAUUUUCAAUGCACUUGGCGCCGACACUUCAAUCAUGAUCCGCUACGACAAGGUGUUGAGGACAUUUGACCCCAUGGUCAGUGAUAUGGUCACCCAGAACCUAGAACAUGACGGGGUGAAGGUCGUUAAAAAGACACAGACAACCUCUGUGAAGAAGGAGGAAAAUGGUACAUUGACCUUGGAGACUACUGGAGAUCAAAUAACAGAUGUCAACUGUCUCCUAUUUGCUAUUGGUCGGGAUCCCAGUACACAGGGACUGAACCUGGAAAAGCAGGGAGUGAAGUUGGACAAGAAGGGCCACAUCAUCGUGGAUGCCUUCCAGAACACAGACGCCAAAAACAUCUAUGCUCUCGGGGAUGUCUGUGGCAAGGCUCUUCUUACUCCAGUUGCUAUAGCAGCCGGUCGCCGCCUAGCACAUAGAUUGUUUGACAACAAACCUGACUUGAAGCUGGACUAUGAUAAUAUCGCCACGGUCGUGUUCUCUCACCCCCCUACUGGUACUAUUGGACUCACAGAAGUGGAGGCUCGGGACAAAUAUGGUGAUGACAACAUAAAGAUAUAUUCAUCCGUCUUCACACCCAUGUACUACGCAGUAACCAGUGUUAAACAUAAGUGUUGCAUGAAGCUUGUUUGUCUCCAGCCGGAAGAAAAGGUGAUCGGUUUACACAUGGUUGGGCAAGGUGUCGACGAAAUGCUUCAGGGCUUUGCAGUUGCCAUCAAAAUGGGUGCCACAAAAAAACAUUUUGAUGAGACCGUCGCUAUCCACCCGACGUCGUCUGAGGAACUUGUCACCAUGAGAUGAGGCUUCCUGUACUGGAGGAUACAGGGACAGCAAUCACAUGCAAAUCUUAUAGGGAUGAAUUCAGCAAAUCAUAGGAAUAUUUUAAGAUGUUUAUAGUUUCUUGCAAUAUUUAUUAUUCAGGUAUAUAUGUAUUUACCAUUAACAAGAAUUUGAAUUAUGUUAUUGACAAUUGGUUAUAAAAUAUUAAAAUUUGCAAAGAUGUAUAUUUUUCUAAAUAGGUUUUUAUACAGUAUAUAAGUACGAAUUGGUAGACUUCUAUCAUGUAACUGAUUUGUUAAUUAUUUGUUGUGAUAGUGUUUUAAUUAUGUUAGGUCCGUAUCUACGGAGUAACGAUGAGUCAUUAUACGACCUUUUAUGAAGGUGACCUGUAUAUAUUUGUUUUCGCAAAAGAACUGGAGGGAAACAAUUGCUCAUGAACACAUACUUUUAAAAGUACAACCCGGAAACAAAGAAAAUCUUAACCUCAAGAAUGUUAGUAUACCAAACCUAAAUCAAUCCGAAACUAUCUGGUACGCAGUGACUUCACUAGUGACUAUCUGCCAGCCGGCCGUGUGGAAAAAACUGCAGAAUCUGCAAACACAUGAACGUAUGUGACACGUUCACUAGCCAAAAUUAAAAACAGCAUAAACUGUCAGAGCAUUAAUGCGGUAUAUGUCAUCAACUGCAAGAAAUGCCAACUACAAUACGUAGGUCAAACGUCCAACACAAUAAACACCAGAACCAGAAAUCACCUCUACGACAUUGCGCGCCAAGAUGAGCGCAAGCCAGUCGCGGCACAUUUCAAUGCACCUGGACACAAUGCUGAUAACGUUAUGGUUACAGGCAUUGUGUCGGGUAUACAUAACGUCAACAUCCGGCUAAGAACAGAAGAAGCGUGGAUUCAUAUCUUGAAAACAGAACGACCGUGGGGAAUGAACUUCUUCACCUAAAAGAAAUAAUGGCAAACACGAAAACUACAAAAGCAAAGAACUCGACUAUUAUAGCGAAGCCAGCAGCCAACAAUACUAAAGCCAUAAAGAAACUAAAAGCUCUGAGACCUAAAUUACGGCUCCCGUGCAUUCUGUGUGGGAGCACGUUCGGUGCACUAUGGAGCCUGCGCCGACAUGUUAAUCUCGGACACGGCAGAGGAAAGCAGACAAGUUAUGUUUGCAAAAUUUGCAAACGGGCAUACGGCAGGAGAGAACAUUAUAAACGCCACCAACAGAAUGAACACCCCUUAUAUAAAAUCGAACCAGAAGUGAGGGAAGAAACAACUAAGGACUAAGGCGCGGUGCCCAAUAAAUGGCACAAACCGGCGGAAGCCUUAACCAAAAAACAAUUAGACAAUGUAAAAUUCAGCGUACGACCUACAAUCAGACCAAUCAUGGGGGAAAUAAUGGACACUCUCAAAGAAGACCUGAUGAUAAGAGACACCACUUCAUCGUUAGACACUUCAAGUGAGGGCGGAAGAGAAAAACAGCUAACAAAUAUUUCACUGUCAAGCGGCACAUGGUGCCAGGAUGAACUAAAUUAAUCAAACAAACACUCUACGAAUAUAUAACAAAAACACUAUAAUAUUAUGCAUGUUUAUUGUUUAUUGUAUUCAUAAAUAUCAUAAAAUCAACUACGGAAAUACCAAUAUAUAUAAAACCACAUGUGACCAAUAAGUUUGAAUUUCAGAGAAAGACAUUUUUAAUGAUCACAGCAUAUCUAUAAAGUUAGAACAUCUAAGAAGGGCUUACCCACCCUUCACUAUUGUGUAUUAUCUAUCUAUUGAUGACGUCAUGUAAUAACUAACAGUGUAAAACUGCACCCCAUUUUUAGUACUUCAAGGGCUGAAAUAGCUUGAAAAAAUGUCCUGAUGAAGACUCGCACAUAGAGUCGAAACUAGUUGACCGUAAUAAAAACCCACGCAUUGGUAACGCUUGAGCGUGUUGUGAUUGAAACCUACCUGGAUUUAUAUGCAACUUUUUAUUCAAUUACCCUGCAUACCUUUCGGUAUCCACACUCACAACGAAGUACCCCACCUACUCAACCAACCUACUCAACAUUGACGUUGGCUCUAUCUCGCAUGUUAUGUUAGAGAAGUGUUAUACCAAAAUGAAUAAGAAUGUCAAUGUUUAUAUCAAAACCAAAACGUGAUCGCAUUAGGGGAAAAUAUGAUUGUGGAAGAAAAAUAUGUUUUGACGUAUUUUGUUGUAUGGAUGAUGUACAGUAAUGUUUUACAAGCCUUUGUGUAUCUGUAGUUGUAUCAAUAUCACCUUGCAUAUGUAGAACAGGUCCACCCUUAUAACACUCUCAUUUCACUAUCAGAUGUCCCCAUAUCAUAUCUCAUGUAGUACUGGUAAAACAUAUUUAACACGUUAAAAUCCAUAUCUGUUAAAGAAUCUGUGAUAAAAUUGGUAUUUAUAUUGUACAUGGCUCUUCUUGAUUUAACUACCCAGAUUAAAUGUCUUGACUGGUCUCUCUGCCAGUCUACACUCUACGUCAUAGAGCUGUAGGAAAACUUGUGAUUAUCUCCCCUUUUCUGUCAAUUGACUUACAUGUAUGUAUCAGAAUAGUUAUAAAUAAUAGGCAGAGUAUUCUUACUUUUAGUUUGUCUUAUGAUUUAUCUACCCAAAUAUGUAUUUCUAGGUUUCAAAAAUAAAUGUUACUUUUAGUUAUA